UGUACAACCGGCACCGGAUCCCGGAAGCACUCUUCAAUCUCCUGCUCCGGCCCCGGCUUCUCACGAGGCACGCUGGAGCGCCUGGUGAGCACUUUCCACCCGGCCGCGAGCUGAGCGGAAUCCGGUCUGUGGCGGAGAUGGAGAGCGCUGUGGAAGGCCGCACGGCCAGCGUGCUGUUCGCGGGGUUCCGGGCCUUGGGACUGUUCAGCAACGAUGUUCCACACGUGGUGCGGUACAGCGCGCUCAAGCGCCGCUUCUACGUGACGACUUGCGUGGGCAAGAGCUUCCACACAUAUGACGUUCAGAAACUUAGUCUGGUUGCAGUAAGUAACUCUGUUCCACAGGAUAUCUGUUGCAUGGCAGCCGAUGGGAGGCUAGUCUUUGUUGCAUAUGGGAACGUUUUCUCUGCUUUUGCCCGUAAUAAAGAGAUAGUGCACACUUUUAAGGGCCAUAAAGCAGAAGUACAUCUUCUGCAGCCCUUCGGGGAUCACGUCAUCUCCGUGGAUACUGACAGCGUCCUUAUUGUUUGGCACAUUUAUUCAGAAGAAGAAUACCUUCAGUUGACUUUUGAUAAGUCAGUUUUUAAAAUCUCUACAAUUUUGCAUCCAAGCACCUAUCUGAAUAAAGUCCUACUGGGCAGUGAGCAGGGAAGCCUGCAGUUAUGGAAUAUAAAGACCAAUAAACUUCUAUAUACAUUUCCAGGGUGGAAGGUUGGAGUGACAGCUCUUCAACAGGCACCAGCUGUAGAUGUUGUUGCCAUUGGUCUUGUGUCUGGUCAAGUUGUCAUUCACAACAUUAAGUUCGAUGAAACAUUAAUGAAGUUCCAGCAGGACUGGGGACCCAUUACUUCCAUCUCAUUUCGCACAGAUGGUCAUCCAAUAAUGGCAGCUGGAAGCCCAUGUGGCCAUAUCGGACUCUGGGAUCUGGAAGACAAAAAAUUAAUUAACCAAAUGAGAAAUGCACACUCUACAGCAAUAUCUGGGCUGACGUUUCUCCAUAGAGAGCCGUUGCUUGUUACAAAUGGCGCUGAUAAUGCUCUUAGGAUAUGGAUAUUUGAUGGACCUACAGGUGAAGGACGACUGUUAAGGUUCAGAAUGGGGCACAGUGCGUCUCUUACCAAGAUUAGAUAUUACGGACAAAAUGGACAGCAGAUUUUAAGUGCAAGUCAAGAUGGGACUCUACAGUCAUUUUCUACAGUUCAUGAAAAAUUCAACAAGAGCUUGGGGCAUGGAUUAGUAAACAAAAGGAUAGUUAAGCGGAAAGGACUUCAGAACACCAUGUCAGUAAGGCUUCCGCCCAUCACACACUUCGCUGCUGAGGAAGCUCGUCAGAGUGACUGGGAUGGCAUCAUUGCUUGCCAUCAGGGUAAGCUGUCGUGCUCAACCUGGAAUUACCAAAGAUCUACAAUAGGUUCUUACUUUCUCAGGCCAAGAAAAUUAAAGGCAAACAAUGUUACUGCAACAGCAGUAGAUAUAACUUCCUGUGGAAACUUUGCAAUAAUUGGCCUCUCCUCAGGAGCUGUAGAUGUGUAUAACAUGCAGUCUGGUAUACAUCGAGGAAGUUUUGGAGAUGAUAAAGCUCAUACAGGCUCUGUUAGAGGUGUUGCGGUAGAUGGAUUAAAUCAGCUGGCAGUUACAGCUGGAAGCGAACGGUUACUCAAAUUCUGGAACUUUAAAAGCAAAGUUUUGAUCCACUCUCUGAGCCUUGAUUCAUCUCCAAAUAUGAUGCUGCUUCAUAGGGACAGUGGCAUCCUGGGGCUCGCCCUGGAUGACUUCUCCAUUACGGUCUUCGACAUAGAAACUAAGAAGGUUGUCAGAGAGUUUUCUGGACACCAAGGCCAAAUAAAUGACAUGACGUUCAGUCCUGAUGGCCGUUGGUUGAUAAGCGCUGCAAUGGAUUGCUCUGUUAGGACUUGGGACCUUCCCUCAGGGUGCCUUAUCGACUGCUUUCUGUUGGACUCAGCCCCUCUCAAUGUUACUAUGUCCCCAACUGGAGACUUUCUAGCAACUUCCCAUGUGGAUCACCUUGGAAUUUAUCUGUGGUCAAAUAUUUCCCUCUAUUCAGUUGUCUCCCUGCGACCACUUCCUCCAGAUUAUGUCCCUUCAGUAGUGAUGCUUCCUGGUACUUGUCAAAACCAAGGUAUGGAAGUCCUGGAAGAACAGACGGAGCCAAGUGAUGAAAUGAUAGAGUAUGAGUCUCCAGAGCAGUUGAGUGAGCAACUGGUGACGCUCUCACUCCUCCCUGAGUCACGCUGGAAAAACCUUCUGAAUCUUGAUGUUAUCAAGAAAAAGAAUAAACCAAAAGAACCACCCAAGGUUCCCCAGUCAGCUCCAUUUUUCAUCCCAACAGUUCCUGGGCUUGUCCCCAGGUUUGCAGUACCUGAACCCAGCAGUGACCCCCAGGAGUCUAAGGUGGUAAACCUUGGGAUUUUGGCUCAAAAAUCAAAUUUCUACCUGAAACUUGAAGAAGGAUUGCUAAAUAAUCAGUAUGAAGCUGCUCUUAGCCUUCUGAAAGAGUUAGGCCCGUCAGCGAUUGAAACGGAGCUGCGCAGCCUGUCUCCUGAUGAUGGUGGCUCAGUAGAGGUCAUGCGGAGCUUUCUGAAUAUGAUUGGGAUGAUGUUGGACAGAAAGCGGGAUUUUGAGUUAGCCCAGGCAUACCUUGCGUUGUUUUUGAAGUUACACCUCAAAAUGCUUCCUUCGGAGCCAGUGCUUUUAGAGGAGCUGGCGAAGUUGUCGUCACAGGUAGAGAAAGAUUGGACGCACUUACAGUCACUCUUCAACCAAAGCAUGUGUGUAUUAAACUAUAUCAAAAGUGCUCUGUUGUAAAAAAUAAACUUAAGUGAUUACAGAAAUCAA